AUGGCCGCAAUCAAGCCAAUUAUUCUAUAUGGCUCCGCCGAGGGCCUCUCCCCGUGGAAGGUUGUUAUCAUCAUCAACGAGCUGAACAUUCCCUACAAGCUGGAGCUGCUUUCCUCCGAGGAUAUGGCAAAGCCCGAGUACCAGAAAAUCUGCGCCAAUGGACGGGUCCCAGCCAUUGAGGAUCCCAACACUGGGGUCACUCUCUGGGAGAGCGGCGCUGUCAUAGAGUAUCUCGUGGAGACUUACGACAAGGAGCACUCGUUGAACUACGCCUCUUCCGAGAGAUUCCAAGUCAAGCAGUGGCUUCACUUUCAUGUCACUGGUCAGGCGCCUUCGCACGGGGAAGCCUGGUUCUACAAACAGAACCCUGGCGAGGGGGAGAAGGCUAUGAAGAGAUACCAAGACGAGGUUGUGCGGGUGGUGUCUGUUCUGGACAAGGCACUCGGCGGGAGAGAGUAUCUCGUGGGUGAUAAAUGUACAUUAGCUGACCUCGCAUUUGUUCCGUGGGCGUCCCUGAUUCCCUACAUUUUCGGCGAGGAGGUAACGUUAGCCAGCCUGCAGCUUGAGGAGAAAUACCCAGCCUACUCUGCGUGGUACAAAGCAACGUCUAACCGUCCGUCUGUGCAGAAAAUGUUCAAGGAUAGCCAGGCUGCUAUGGCUGCCGCUGCGUAG